CCGUCUUUCUAUUCUUCAACCCUCCUCUUCACCGUCCCCGUUUUGGCCUCCCCCAAAUCAGUCCCGCGAAGCUCCGUCCUCACAAUGAGUCGGCAAAGGCACACAAUCACCAUAAUCGGCCACUGCACCUGGUCCCACGGUUUUUCCCCCUGUUGCCCAUGCGAUCGAGGAUACUAUUUCCACUUCCAAGGUACAGCCCAGGCAAAUGGCGAGUGCCGUUACUGCGGGCAUCUCGUGUCUAGACACAAGGGUUCCCCAUCGACUACUCCCCAGUCGCUGGUAACUGAGCCUAUAGCUGUUCCAGCAGCCACCCUCUCCCGAACGGAACUUGUUAACGGGAUAAUAAACCGAGUCGAAGAAUUUAACAUCAUCCGAGUUAAUGGCCCAUCCGGCUCUGGCAAAACUACCUUGAUGAACCUUACAGUUAACGCCCUGCUGAAGAAGUAUGGCAAAACAAUGCCUAUUCAUACCAUUACCGGCUGGAACGAGGAAGAUGUCCGCCGUGCCCGCCAUUGGGAGCAAUACCUGUACUUGGUAACGGGUGUUCAAGGCUAUGAUUGGACUAGCUACCCGGCCUUCCUGCUUAUUGAUGAGGCACAGCAGUCAUACUGGGAUCAAGGGCUUUGGUCGGCAUUUUUCAAGAGUAUUGAACGGCUGGCAUAUCCGUACAUAAUUCUAUUUACUUCUUGCUGCUUGCCGGGCACUAGUUCUCCAUAUAUCUAUCUUAAUCCUUAUUCGGCGGUCCCAAUGUCUUUUGGACCAGAAGCUCAGAUCUCAAUGCGUCCAGGUGAAAAGCAAACGGUGUGGCCUUGGGGCCCCGUUGGUCUCCAGCUACGCGAGGAUGAAGCAAAACAUCUCGUCACAGACCAUGCAGCGGAGAUUAUCUCGUCCCCGGUCUCUCUGACUGACGACUUGCAGGAGAGUUUAUUUCGAUGCAGCAGUGGGCACAUCGGGGUACUUCAAAGCCUUACAGAAGCUCUUCUACUAAAUGAGGACACCCAAGCCGCCAUAGAACAGGGUAAGCCUGUUGACCGGCAAAUUCUUGUCGAGAGCCUCUUCGGUAAUCCUAUGGGAUUCUUCGAAUCCUUGAGCGGUAAAUGUCUUACCAAGGGCCUACCUCAGCCAAAUGAUCUAGAAAACGCGGCCACAACCCACAUCCUUGAAACCGCCAUCAAUUCUGGCGCUGUUGAGCCACAUCAGUUCAAGGGGCGCGAAACAUCGAAAGAUUUGAGGGUGGCCGUCCAGGCGGUCUGGAGCAAUGGAUGGCUACAAGCUGAGUUAAUACCUGACCCCGGAGUCAAAUAUUGUGGCCAUCUAGUCUUGACAUUUCCAACCGAAAUUCACCGCUUGUAUUGCCAAUUUCUCCUGGUGCAAAUGGCUUCUGACAGUGACCGACUCCGUGACUUCCUCCGGUCAGCGGUUGAGUCUCUCAAGGCGCUGUCAUCUCUCGAGUAG